AUGGAGGUUGUAGUGGAUGAUGAAGUGGGGAGCGCAGAUGGUAGUGAUGUAGGUGUAGAGGUGAACCUAAAGAGUUCAACGGAUAUACAGGACGGGAACAGAAACCUUCUCCAAAGCAUUGAAAUGAAAAUGGCACCGAUACGAGAAAAUGUGAUCAAAAUGAUGAGAACGCCAACGGAAAGCGCUCGGGUGCGUGUAAAGAGGGUCCCGGCGGAAUUUCCAGCAUGCCCCGGUCAUGCCUCGUCAAGGCAAUUAGCGAUGGUGCGUGUCCUAAAGAGAUUCACUUUCGUUGGCACCUAA